GCGCGAAAGUUAUCGCAAAGACCGUCCCAUGGGAGAGAGGAAAAAGAAAGUGGGAGGCUAGCUAUUUCCCGGGCAGUUGGCGCCAUAGCUGCGUACGAGCUAACUGUCUCGCUCUCUCUCGCUCUCUCUGAGGACGAGUUUAUUCCCGCCAGCUUAUUCUUGAAUGAAUUUUUGUUACGUUAUGGCGUUUUGGCGCCUUGUAUGAGCGGAUAUCUAUAUCUAUAUAUAUAUUUGUGACGAUAUAUAUGUAUACUAGUAAUAAUAAUACUGCUGUUUGACGGUAUAUAUGUAUAUAUACAUGUAUAGUCCGUGUUGAUCGGUUCGACGAAGUCGACGGUGUGUGUGCGUCCGAAGUACCCAACAUGCGGCUGGUUGCGUGGAGAGUGUGAUCAAGAGUGUGAUCGGCAGUAUUGCGCCCCCCUCCAACCUCCUCAACGCCUUCCCUCCCCACCCUCCCCACUCACCGUUCCCCCCCUCUUUCCCUAACAGAGUCCCUCUUUGUCGCUGGGGUGUCCUCUCGAUUUGAGCUCGCUGUUGACUGUUCUAUGCGCACUGACUACAAGGGAAGUGCUACGUGGAGACGCGCAGUAUAGCGCAGAAGGAACUGAAGGAAAAAGGCAAACGAGUCAAGGAAAUAACUAAAGGCCGGCGGAAGGACCGAAGGAUAAGGAAGGAAGGAAGGAGGGAAGGAAGGGAGAGAAAAGAGCAAGGAGGAAAGACAGGACAGCGAAGGAGGAAGAAACAGAUUUGAGAAACGAGAAGAAGGAAGGAAGGAAGGAAGGGAGGAAGGAAGAGGAAGGGACAGACUCAAGGAACAGAGGAGGAAUCAAAGGAGGAAGGAAGGGAACCAAAGAGGGAAGGGAAAGGACGAAGGAAAAACAGGAAAGAAAGGAGGAGGAGGACGGGAGUUGUAGGAGGAGGAAGGAAGGAAGAGGAGGAAGAAGAGGAAGUACUGAGGAGGAAAGGAGAAAGGUAGGAGGAGGAGGAAGGAGGACGAGAAGGACGUAAGGAAGAAAGAGGAGGAAGGGAAAGAAGGGAGGAGGAAAGGGAGUAAGGAAUUGGUGGAGUGGAGUCAGUGAAGAAGCGAGGAUGAUGUAUCGGAUUGCUGAUGCGUCACAGUUCUAUGUGCUCACCGGAGCGGGAAUAGAUGAUGUGAAAGUCUACGAGGACGGGGCAGCGAUCGUGCUCCCACCGUUUCGGAAAUCCAUCGCGGUGCAGAGGCGUCCGCAGACGUUCACGAUGGACAUCAAGGCUAUGUCUUUGGAGAAGUUGGAGUUUGUUGGGACUGCUAUGUGUACAGUUGGACCCUGGGAUACGUUUAAGGGGAUUGAGAAAUACACAAAGCUGUUUGGAACAGCAAUGGAGGACAAUCCAGACUUUUUGCGGAGCAUUGUGCACGGCAUACUUGAAGGGGAGAUCAGGGCUAUGUCGGCAUCCUUGACAAUGGAUCAGAUCCACAGCGAGUGGUCCAUUAAUAUGGGAAACAAAGCAGCGGAGUGCUUGAAAGAGGACCUUCACAGCAUGGGCCUUCACUUAUACAGCUGCAACUUCAAAACCCUUCAGGAUGUUGAAGGCUCCGAGUAUUUCAAGAUUAAGCGAGAGAGGAAGAAAGCGGAAGCAGAGAUGGAGGCGAGCAGUCCAGGAGGCUGCUCUUGCCAAUGCCGAAGGGAGGCAGGGGCUGCAGCUCCUGUUCGAGCUGGCGUGGGGAACAGGCUAUUUCUGGCCUGUUCCCGAAACCCUGUUUCCGUGCCUGAGUCUUAGGUAGGUCGAACACAAUGAGGGCCUGAAAAUGGCCCUCCGUUUCAGGCUGAAAAGCCUUUAGGCCUGAAAGGCCCAGAAAUAG